GCUUUAUUUCUUAGAGAAUUAACUAUGAGAGUUAUCUUACUGUGGUCCGUUAGAUAGUAUCUGGGGGCUUGUUGACAUAUCAGCAGGUACUGCAGUAAAAAUCCUCUGCAGGCUUUCACGUCCCCGAAGAAUGGUUCCGGUUGUAGUCGGAUGUUUUCAGGAGCGGCGCACGGACAGGUAGCGGAAGCAGCGGUGUUGCCGGAAGAUGUUAGGCCUGGAGCGGAAUUAGCAUGGAGUUCAGUUAGUUUUGUGAUGGUUUGUGUGGUGCCUUUUACACAUGAAAUCAAAUCCUCUUGAACGGUCGUGAUCCGAGUGAUGGCACUGGAGAGGAGUUCCAGAAAAAUCCCUUGCUGGGAGACUGUCUGCCGAAGGUCUUCCGGGUCAGCUGGGUCGGGAUUAUGGCCAGUCCGCUCUGUCAUAGCUAACCCAGACGCUGGAACCCGGAAGAAACAGAGAGGAGGACGAGCGUGCCAGGUAAAUGGAUUUAAUGGACAGGUCUUGGGAGGCGUCGUCGUCUUCGGUGGAGAUCCGGGGAACAGGAGGAAUGGCAGAGGCUCGAGGUGUGUCCAGAGUAGGCAGAAUGAGGGUUCCGGGCUGAGGCUGAUUCAGGCGACCACUUGUGGCUAUGGAUUCCUGGGGGGUCACAGCGCUGCUGGAGCCUAUCCCUACUUGUGGGCGAAGGCAGGGGACACCCUAGACAGGUCACCAGUCUGUCACAGUGUUUUCUGUCAGAGGCUGAAGUCAACAACAACCCACAGUCUGGAGAGAAAUACAUCAAUUUCCUGUGGUGGAGACCCAGGCCAGAGUCCCAAGGCUUCCAUCUCUGUUUUCAUCCAGAUCCUCUGCCGGGGAGAGCAGUUCCAGCUGCUAACAUCUUGGUCCUAUCAUGGAAGUGGUGGAGCAGCAAGCGUUGGCUGAAAGUGAGCAGGAGGAGGAGCUGCAGACAGAGCUGAGGUUCUUCCAACGACUGCUGCAAAGAUAACAUGAGUUUUUGUUAAAUAAAAUAUUAUCACAAAGUCCAAAUGAAUGUAGUACUUAGCAUUUUGUCAAGAGUUAUUGCACUGACUGUAGGUUUUAUGCUGCACUCUUCUUAAAGAUGGCACCGUUCUACUUUGAGACGGUUCCAAAGCGAGCAACUCUGAUGGUGGAGGAGUCUUCACUGGAGCAGAUGAAACUGGUGAAAAAAGACAGUCAGAAACAGACAGGACGCUGCAGCAGAGGAAAGCUGACAAAUGAUCCUCAACACUCACCUGCAUGUGUAGCAGCAGGACAGCUGGACCUCUCAGGCUGGUCUGGAUUCAGAUAAACAGAAAUUUCCCUCUCAACAGUUCCAAAGCUGAAGUCCUCCUUGUAGGCACUUCUUCUAAUAUUUCCAAAUCCAAUAGCUUCUCCAUCUCUAUCAACGACUUCUCCAUCCUUCCCUCCUCUCAGAUUAAGAGUUUUGGUCUCAUCCUCGACAGCUCACUUUCUUUCCAAUCUCAUAUUAAUAAAAUCACCCGUUCUGAUUACUUUAAUUUCCGCAAUAUAUAUCGUCUCCGCCCUUCUCUCACUCCUCAUACUACUGCUGUAUUUGCUCAUAGUCUUGUCACUUCUCAAAUCGAAAAUUGUAAUUCCCUCCUGUUUGGCUUGCCCCAUAAAUCUCUCAAUAAACUGCAGCUUUUCUAAAAUUCUGCAGCCCGCAUCAUAACCAGGACCCUAUUAUCCCACCACAUCACAUCAAUUCUUCAACACUUACACUGGCUUCCCAUAAAACAAAGAAUUAGUUUCAAGAUUCUCCUCAUAACCUUCAAAGCACUCCAUAACCUGGCUACACUCUACAUUUCUGAUCUUCUUCACUAUUCCAUUCCCUCCUGGUCUCUCCGCUCCACUUCGUCUCUCCAACUACAUGUCCCACCUGCCCGUCUUGCCACCACCAGAGCUUUCCGUCGCUCCGCCCCCUAACUAUGGAAUUCUCUUCCUCCAGAUCUAUGCAAUACUGACUCGCUGCCACUGUUCAAAUCCAAACUAAAGACUCAUCUCUUCAAAUAAUCAUACAGUUAAUCCAUUCAGUGUUUUCUGUCAGAGGCUGAAGCCAACAACAACCCACACUCUGGACAGAAAUACAUCCAUUUCCUGUGGUUAGUUUUUCCUCCACUAUGUCACUUCAGAAGUUGUGUUUUAUCAAGUAAGCCCAUCAAAUAUUUUUUUUUAUUAUUCUCCUAAUUAUAGCGUCAUCAGUCUUCCUCUCCUCUUGUCUGCUAUCGCAUCCUCUUUCACAGUCAUCACUUACAUUUGUUCAGCUGUCUGUUUUUUCCAUUGAUCUCUAGUUUUCAGACAGAAAGUUGUUUCUCUACAGAUCUCCAGCCAUCCUGUUCUUGUUUCCUAAUCCUGUUUGGACCUUGAUCUGUCCAGGAGUCUUUCCUCUCUGUCCUCUCUCUGCAUCACUGCUGGUCUUGAGAGAAAAACCCUGGUUCUGGAUUGUGAGAACUGUUGGUGGAUGAGCUUCUAAUACCAAGUCAGCUGAUUUGGGGUUUGUGACUUCAACCAAAUACAAUAAAAACAGAAUAAAUAAUUUAUGACAAGAAA